UGCUUUUCAAAGUUCAUUGAGUGGAUGAGAGACACAGCUUAUGCACUGCUUUCAGUCUAAAUUUUUAUCCAUUUGAACUCUCUCCAAGUGACAGGCAAUCUUAUACUCUAUUCUCAAGAAGGAUCUUUUCCUCUCUUUCUCACAACGGCCAAGAAGCCUAUCCGCUCUUCCACUAACUAGCGAAUGAGACUCAGUAUACACACAGGCCGAAACAGCGCAACAAGACAGAGCAGAUGCUCCUUCCUAUCCGCCAUCUAGACGGAUAUUUACUUCUUCUUCGAUAUUCUGUCAAGGGCAACGAUGAAGCCUGCUGUAGCCCACGGCGUGGGAAAGACGCUCCUGCUGAGCGUGUCAAAGCCCCUUCUAUUUAUUUCUUCCUCUCUGCGAGUACUUAUUGGACACGCGCAGAUAUACACACUGUUUGCCUGGGUAUUAUGCCUUCAGGUUUUCAUAUAUGCGUCUACUACUAUAUCUUUCAUCUUACUGAACCGCAGCUCUUUACGAGUCGGGCAGCAGCUCUUAAGGUACUGCUGUUAGUACCCCUGGACUUAUUUGAGUAUUCAUUGCGCAAUUUCUUCGAGACUAUUCUCGCUGCCCACCCCUCUACCCUGUAACUAUAUCAGACUACCCUAUAAUAGUAUACAAAGAAAGCCCAGAACAAGGAAGAAAUAUCGUGAUUCACGAUGGCUUUCCUCAAUCUCGUUCCUCUCGCCAAGGGCAGCAUAUAUCUUGCGCUCCUCCUAUGUACCGCGAUCGCCUCCAAUGUUCCCCGCGCUCGAGCAGGACAGAAUCCCGUCCUUAUUAUUGACACAUUUACACAUGGAGGACGGAAUGACCUAGAUGCCUGGCAUGGUAGUGGUGAAAAUAUGCCCAUGGUAUGGGCCGACGGCUAUGUCGAACUUUCUCCCACCAAUGCCGACCAGAACUUCCAUACCCAACUCACGAGUACCUGUUUCGACCUUACCCCGUUCAAAGACAUGUAUCUGCACAUAGUCUGUGAAGGGGCAAGUCAUUUUACCAUCUCCAUAACGCAAACCAACUCCCAAUGCGACGCUUUCAAGAACCCUUAUCCGGAAACAUGGGAUGAUAUAGAAGCCCGCAGAUAUCAGCAGGGUAAUGAUAUCUAUAUUCCAAUCUCACAUUUUAAUAUCGACUAUACCCGUGCUUUGUCCGUAUCGUUUAAAGGGUUCUAUCUCCCGGAGAAAUUGAAGGUCUCGAAAGUGGAAAUCACCGCGACGCGGCCUAGAACAUUCCCUGCCCCUGAAAAGCUGCCAACCGGGACUCUUUGGCUGCGAUGUAAACGCCCUAACUCAUUCGCAUUUGGUAUUGACGAUGGCUCUCCGGCUUUGGGACGGCAGAUGCUGGACAUUUUGACUUCGGAGGGAAUCAAUGCGACGUUCUUCACUGUGGGGAAUGGAUUGGCGGUACUAAACUCUGGGUGGACCGAUCUAUACAGGGACAUGGCGGCCAGGGGUCAUCAAGUUGCGCUCCAUACAUGGUCGCAUCCUCCGAUGGAGGAGCUUAAAACUGAUGCGGAGAUCGAUGAUGAGAUUGUUAAGAAUCUCCAAAUAAUGAGGGAAAAGUUGGGAAUUGACUCUCGAUACUUUCGUCCUCCGUAUGGGAUCCUUGGAGCACGAACCCGCCAGCGACUCGCCUGGUUCAUAAAAGACCCUCAAAUUAUCAACUGGAGUGUUGACAUCGAAGAUUGGCUGUGGGCCGGUUCACCCACUCCUGAAAAACAAGUUAAGGCAUUCCAGCGUGACGUGGAUAAGGGUGGGGACCUGGUGGUCAUGCAUUUCAUUAGCGAGGAUACGGUGAAGUACACGAGAGAUGUGAUCGACAUUGCGAGGAAAACUGGGAAGAGGAUUAUGAGAGUUGACCAGUGUAUGGAGGAUCCAGAGGCGCCCCCGCUUGAUUAAGAGGUCCUGCUACACUUGUGGUUGGUAGUAUUGAAAAGAUGGACUGACUUCAGUUGAUAUUGCUCUCGGUCCCAUUGUUAUUAUUAUUAUUAUUGCUCUAGAUGGUUACCCAUGCUUCCGGAGUUGGGGAGAUCCAUCGAAUGUGUUUCUUGUCUUGUUUGAAAAUCAAACUUCUCCCUUAUAAAUUGUCUCCUUAAUGAGCAGGGUUAAUGUUUGAUAUUCUUGUGUCUUUCGGCGCGUUGGCGUUUAUUCUUACCAGGGGGGAUUCCCAAUCGAGUUAAUUGGUAUUCACGUAUAUUCAAAUUCGCAGCCGUAGCAUGUUGUACUAAAAUUGAAGGGACUUCCAGAUGUGAAAGGGAAAGGUGAACAAUCACUGAGAGUGUACAUUAAUGAACAGAACAUAUAAAAUAGCUAAUCUGAAGAAUCAAUCAUGCUAUUCAC